GAGUCUCUCGAACGCGUCGCUGCUCAGUGAAUUCGAUUCCGGCGCGUGCAUACUUAAACUCGUAUAAAUAUUCAAAUUCCGCGUAUAUAGUAUAAAUACUUACAUAUAUGCAUAACUGUUUGUGUAAUGACAGUGGUUUGUUUGCACUGAAUACUUUGGAAAUAUAAAACAAAAAGGCUACAAAUAGUUUUUAGUGUAUAAAAAAUUGUUCUUACGCGCUUUUCACGAUGCUCACGAUGUGAUAUUUGCUCAGCGCAGGAAACUAAUCAAAUCUCAUUCUGACAAAAUGUUGGCUCGUGCAUAGAUGUGGAGUGAGCAGUCAUUUGCAUUAAAUUAAAUAAGCAAACAAGUUUUUAAAGGCUGGCGAAAAAUGUAUUUUCACAAUGAUACGGAUAUAAAUACGAAUGGCAAUUCCAAUUCAAAUAUACACAUUAUAAACAGAACGAGUGGUAAAAAUUGCAGCACAUCGUCAACAGAUUCUGGCGUCAGCUUGGUUGAUAAUGCAGCCACAUAUCGAGCAGGGCCAACGACCAAAGAUAAUGGUUACAAGAGCGAAGAAGAGGAAACAAAGAAAAAACCAGAGGCGGAAGACAAAUCACAACGUAUCAGCAUUGAAGUCGAGGCAACAGUGAGCCUCAAGAGGGCAAAUGAAGCCAGCAGCAAGAGCACAAAAUCAAAAUCAUCACCCGCCCUCUCCAUACGCAGCACAACGAUCUCCAUUGUGUCCAUUGAUGAGAAUGCCAUCGAUUCCAGCUGCAUUGACAGCGACUCGGAGGCAGAAGCCGAUGGCGGCUACACGGUCCAUAAACUGGGCCAACAGAUCGAGUACCCGCCACAGAGUCCUGACCUAACGCACCUUAACAAGGGACUCACGGUGAUCAGUCGGCAAGUGACGCCCAGCGCGAACGGCCCUCAAGCUCCUAAUGUCGUUGCCCAGCAGCUGCUCAAUGGCCAUUUGAAUCUGGCGACGCCUACAAGUCCAUCAGCGCCACAGCAGAUCGGCAGCAUUGCGCUGUCCAACACCACAGAUGUCACAUUUGGCGACAAGCAUUUCUACGAGGGACCCGUCACGAUACAACAGUUUCUGAUUGACAAUCGGGAGAAAUGGAAAUCAGCCGACGGCGAUGAGCUGGCUGGCCAUGAUAAUCCUGGCUUCAAUCAACAUGCAACGUCUAACGGCAACACUACAGAUGGCAAGCUAAAUGAAUCCUCAAAGACACCAACUCUUUGUCCAUAUCUGCCUCAAUCAACCAGUCGCAAGGCAAUUGUCAUAACGGCUGCAUUGGUGUUGCUUACCGUUAUCCUGGCCGCGAUAUUGGCAACUACCACAGACCUUUUUGGCAAGACUUUGCAUAAAAGUAAGCUUGGUGACGGCGACGAUUCCAGACUCAAUAUUCCAAUCAAUUCAACAAUAGAUAAGGAUAACUUUGGCGGUGGCUUGGUGCUAAGAUAUGUUCCGCGUGCGGUUUGGCUGGCGCAGCCAGCACAGAAGGAUUUGCCAAAACUCUCGCUGCCCGUGCCAUUCGUCAUAGUCUUGCCCACAAACUCCGAGAAUUGCAGCACGCAGGCGCAGUGUGUGUUUAGAGUGCGAUUCCUGCAGACUUUCAACAUUGAAUCGCAGCAAAGGGAUGACAUAACCUAUAAUUUUCUUAUUGGCGGUGACGGCAAUGUCUAUGUGGGUCGCGGCUGGGAUCAUGUGGGAGCUCACAUGCAGGGCUAUAAUACCCGCAGUCUGAGCUUUGCCUACAUCGGCGCCUUUCGGCAUCAGCGACCGUCGGACAAACAGCUCAGCGUCACACGCCUGCUGCUUGAAGAUGGGGUUAACCUUGGCAAGCUUGCGCCCAACUAUAAGCUGGUUGGCGCCAGCACGCUCGAGCCCACGAUCACCGAAUACAAUGCGGAGCUGCUGUACCAGAGCUUCGGCAAUUGGACCCACUGGGCUAUUUCAUAAGAGCUACCAUAUAAGUACAAGCAAACAAACAAUAGUCACGAAUAAUUGUUAGCUUUGACAAGUGUCAUAAUUCAGUAAGUUAGACUAAGGCGUUUACAAGUUGUGAUAUUAUUAACAAACAUAACUCUUAAAAUAAAAACCAAUU